AUGCCUCCAAAGCGCACGUCCCCGCAGAAAAAGGCAUCGCAAUCCCUUCCAAUCCAUCUUAACCAUUGUAUAAACUCACAGAAACGAGCAAUACUUGCCUCUAUACACCAUCCCCAGCCACUUGUUGAGAAGGAGCACGACACUAAUGUCUUGGCAGCUCAACAGAUAACUUCGCUUCUUGAAGGUUCAGUUAUUCGCGGCGAGGGGAAUAGUUGUCUUCUUCUUGGACCACGUGCAAGUGGAAAGUCCAAACUACUUGACAGUUGCCUCGAAAAGUUGCAAACGAAACCAAUAGUCAUACGUCUCUCAGGCUGGGCCCAACGUAACGACCGCCUCGCAUUGCGGGAAAUUGCUAUCCAGCUCUCGCAGCAAACUGGUACAACUUUCCUUUCUGCAAAUGAUCCAACAGAGGAGGAAAUCGAGAACGAGGAGGAUGCUAACCCAUUCCUCGAUCAAGAUCCAAUCCAACAUGCGACAGGAUCAACUGCUGUUUUACCUCCAGCAUCCCAUCUCCCCGCUCUCAUAUCAGUCAUCCCUACUCUAGCACACCCAACUGUCAUCAUUCUCGACGCGUUCGACCUAUUCGCACUCCAUCCACGUCAGUCUCUACUCUAUUGUCUCCUGGACACCGUCCAGAGCUGUCACGCCGGACAGGGAAGAAAGGGUUUGGCAGUCAUUGGUGUAACAAGCCGUGUCGAUACCGUCCAGCUUUUAGAAAAGAGGGUAAAGAGCCGUUUCUCAGGAAGAACAAUCCGUACGGGACCUCCGACAACGUUCACCCAUUGGCUCGGCACCGUCGAAACACUCCUGCUUCCUCACGUUCGCCACGAUCCCGAUGACGACGUAGACAAUCAGUGGAAAGACGCGUGGGCGGCCAGUAUUGAUCGGUUUCUCGCGGAUAAAGCUGUGGAGGAAAUCCUCAACGAGACUUUCAGCAUAACGCGAGAUUUUCGGACUCUUGUGAGACUCCUGACAGCCCUGGUCGUACAGCUCACCCCAAGUAACCCAUUCCCUUUGGCUUCCCAACUCCAAUCUGCGGCGAUGACCCAAAGAGCUCGACCUCGAUUUCCCUUUUUGUCAAGUCUUUCGUACCCUAGCAUGUGUCUCCUGAUCGCGAGCGUCCAUUCCGAGACGGCAGGCCAUCCGUUGUUUACCUUUGAAAUGCUUCACGACUUAUUCCGCGCUCAAGUUCGCUCGUCCACUUUGGCACCGGUGCAGAUUAAUGGAGGCAGCAUCGGGAUGGCUUUUGAGACUCUUGUCACUGCAAGAAUCUUCAUUUGCGCUUCCCCGACCUCAUCGAACGGCGCAAAAGGGUAUCUCAAAUAUCGGUCCGCCGUUGAACGAGAUGAUGUAAAGAAGGCCGUCGAAAAGGCUGGCCAGGUGAACAUGAAGAAGUGGCUUACCAAGGCACAGUGA